UAACGUCAUUUAUUGUCUCAUUGUCUGUCGCUGGCUGUGUGGUUGGAGUGACUUAGGCUACUUGUUAAUUGUUAAAAUUGAUAGUUCAAAAUGAUUUUUAAAGCUCAUACUUUUGUUUUAUUGCUUUUUGCAAUCACAGUUACCUUAGCCGACAAUGCAGAAAAACCAUCAGUUGAUGCUACUGGCCUAAACGGACUGCCUGAUGAACCGGACAAGAACGUCACUACUAAAUCGCCAACUACUACAACUGUUGCACCAUCUUCCAGCACUACUACACCUGCCCCAUCACCCACCACCACUACUACACCUGCCCCAUCACCCACCACUACUACUACACCUGCCCCAUCACCCACCACUACUACACCUGCUACCACCACCUCCACCACUACUCAACCAUCUACUACCACCCCUCCAACUACGACUUCAGCACCUACUCCACCUACCCAGGACUGGAUCGUCCGCGAUAUCAAUGACACAGUUUGCAUUAUGGCAAACAUGAAGGUCAAAGUGACAGUACCGUACAACGCCACCGGUGGUAAGAUGGUGAAUGCUGAAAUGCUAGUAAAUAGUGUAAGUGAGGCUGCUGCUGCUACUGGAGGGUGUUUACCAGGAGAUGUUCAAGUACUCACACUUAUGCAAAAAAAUGUCAACUAUACAUUCACUUUCGUCCGAAAUUCAACUGCCAAGACCUACGCACUGGGCAAUGUGACCAUAACUGUUCUUGUCAACAACGCCACGUUUCCUAAUAGCACUAUGACUGUGCCAUCGAUCUCGCUGUUCCAUGCCAGUCCAGUGUUCAGUCUACCCCUGAACAACUCGUACACCUGUUAUGAAGUCGAUGCCUUACCUUUCAAUGGCACUGCUGGCAACACCACGGUCAAAGCUACUGUCGAGCUUAAACAAAUUCAAGUCGAAGCGUUUGGAACUGGGAAGAAACCAAAUUACUAUGCUCCUCUUGAUUGCACCAGCGGCGACACUCCUGACAUUGUUCCGAUCGCUGUCGGAUUGAUCCUGGCCGGACUGGUGGUUGUCGUGCUGAUAGCCUACCUGGUGGGACGCAGGAGGGCACAGGCUCGGGGCUACCUCAGCAUGUAGACUGUGCGACUGCACCGGGAGCCGUACCCACUGUCCCAUAACUCGUUUCUCUCUUAGUGUUUACCAAGAUAUUAAUUUUCUUAAAGACAUAAACAUUACUCUAUUCUCGUUGUGGACAGUGGGCGAACUGAAAGAGAGCCUUAUUACGGAUAGCUGAGAAACUUUUUGGGGUGACUGUUCAUUUACAGCCAAUACAUUAGGUGUUAUUUUCGUAUCUAUCUUCAAUAUGUUAAGUAUUAAGUUGAGUUUUUAGUAAGAGAAAAGAGCAUUGUUUGAUUUUUAAUCUUGUAAGUAGAUUUUUGUUGGAAGCGAUAUUUUAUUAUUCUAGUUAGUACAUCUCAAUAGGACUAACAAUGUAAGUGUUAAUGUAUCCUUACACUUUUAAUAUAAGUCAACAUUGUGAUCUAUUAUUAAAUAAUUUACUAAUAAAGAGUAUCUUAUAAAAGGAA